AUCUUUUUAUAGCUCCCUACACCAUCCAUAUUUGAGGGCCAUGGACCCCAGUGAAUAGAGAUCAGCACUAUCUGCACUUCGUAACUUCGAACAACCGUGGCAGGAGUGUACCUCCCACUGUCACUGUUGUUCUGCUCCAUCCUCUGCCUCCAAACCUCGAGGGGGUCACCGGAAGUACGGACACCGUCGGCCUGUAGCCUAUCGGAGAAAAAAAUGACGGUCGUUGGUUGCUGGAAACCAAUCUGCGAUGCCACUGCUAGGAUGCGAUGUCGUUUCUGUCACCGCCGUCCUUCCCGAAGAGGGGAAGAGAAGAAAGAAGCCGACGGCGUGGGGUUUUGGACCUCCGGUGAAAAAGGUCUUUUGAAGCAACUCUGGCGUCGGGGAGCACAGCCGGGUCGGAUCCGGCGACUGGGAGUAUAGGCGGGUCAGAUCCGGCGAUUGGGAGUACAGGCAGGCUAGAAAAUUGCACCGGACGAGGCGAUGGCAUCGCCGCCUGCCGGAGUUGGAGCGCUGCUGGUCGGCGGGGCACUGUUGGCCGACGGGCUGGUACCGCCUUCCAGAGUUGGGGCGAUGCUGGUCGGCGGAGCAGCAGGAGGAAAACGCGUUAUUCCUUCAAAAAGAAAAGAAUUGAUUUUUACAUCAAUCCUAUUUCGCCGUUGCACUGCUCGCCGGAACAGGAGAUUGGAGACUCCUCCGUCGGCUGGAUUGGGAUUCAGCCUUUGUUUUGAUGGAAUCUUUCUGUGUAGUCUCUUAGGGAAAACGGAAGGAUUCACCGCAAAGAUGAGUCUCCCCAAAAAAAGCAAAACAGAAACAAUUGGGUUUAAAAGAAUUUGAGAGCACGCUUGAUGUGUUCGACACUCUCAAUGAGAGCACCAUUGUUGGAUUAUGGAAUACAAGGGUAGUGGAAAAUGAGAAAAGAUGUAGAUUAGAUGAAGAAAUGAUGAAUAGUGUAGCCUCCAUUGUUUCCUCCACCCCCCUCCUCUUUCAAGAAGAGGAGUAUAAAUAGAGGAGCUAGGG